GACGCCCAUGGGUGGCAGGGCUGUUACGGCCCUCUGGAUUGGGAACGGACUGCUCUCUGAUUGGUCGGCAGUGUUCGCGUCCCCGUCGUCUCCUCCCGGUUUUACUGGCAUGACCUUUUCCCUUGGCAACCACUUCCUCCGAGCAUCCACGGCCAUCUUUAAUUUUAAGUCAUUCAUGAAAAGUUGUUUCGCUCAUGUAAACACACCGACCGACACAUUUGCGCACAAAGCAGCAUCGACGGCGCUGUGUGCAUGUAGUUUCCAGCGACGUGCUCCACACAGAGCCGAGCAGCACCGCAGCAGGCUGUCCGCAGAGAUUAAGAUGAGAAAGAAGCAGACUGCCAAACAGCGGAAGACCGAGGAGACGCCUACAGUUGUCCAGGAGUUUGUGGUAGAAAAAAUAAUUCUCCGCAGAAUCUUUAAUGGAAGAGUGGAGUACUUCCUGAAGUGGAAAGGUUUCACUGAUGCAGAAAACACAUGGGAACCUGAGGACAAUCUGGACUGUCCUGAACUCAUUGAAGAGUUCCUGAGAAACACACAUUACUCUGAGGUGAAUGAGGAAGAGCACAGCGAACAAGAGUUAAUUCCAAAAGAAGAAAUGACAGAGCAGGAGACGGAAAUUUCCUUCAUGCAGUCUCAGCAGCAAAGCAACAGCGAGCCAAAUGACAAGCAGUCAGACUCCCCCACUAACCUCAGCACUUACCUCGAGCCUGAAUGCAUCAUCGGCUCUACAGACAGACAGGGAGAGCUUAUGUUCCUCGUCAAAUGGAAGAACUCUGACGAUGUGGCCCUACUGCCGGCGCGCGAAGCCAGCGCCAGGUGUCCCCAGGUGGUCAUCAACUUCUAUGAGCAGAAGCUGACCUGGCACUGCGGAGAAGAGGAGCAGUGAAGUGUGUGUGUGUGUGUGUGCGUGGGUUGUGUACAGAGGCAAACUGAUAAACAGCAGUGCUCUCACCUGAAGCUUAGUUUAACCUUCAUCGAGUGUCCCUCCUUCAGCUGACAUUAGAGGCACACUGUGUGAAAUUACACCGCAGGAAGGGGUUUCAGAUUCUGGCAGGUGCAACAUCCUCUGCAGGGAAAGAUUUUAAGUGCUCUCAGUCCCGUGGUGCUCAACGAGGUCUUUGUGCCUUUGUGGAGACUGUGAUGGAGACUAAAACUAACCUCUGUGUAGAGCAGCUGACUUAAAGUCAGACUGACUUGUAGCAGCUUAGGUCUUGCGUAAGCAGACACAAUCACUGUGGACAUGUUUUGUUUUUAUUGUUGUAGAGUAAUUUUAUUAUUUCUAGUCUUGUUUUCCAUCUUGGUUGUUUAGUGUAUGAUUUCUAUCUUUUAUAGCAACACUGUGUAGGCAGAGUGAACUACCUGCUAUCCACCCGAACCUCCAGUCCAUAUAGCUUUUAGUUAGAGCACUUGUACUGUGUCUCCUUGUGUUUGAUGUCAAAUAUUUAGAAAUGUUGCCCACCAGAAAUUUCCCCAUAUUUCAUAUUAGCUGCUAAGUACCAAAUAUUUUCUUCUCCUCAUCUCUAUUGAAUUCUAACCAGAUUAUUAUGGAGUUUAAAAGAUGUAUGUAGUAUUUGGUAAUCACACAAAGUGAAGUCCUGGCAGAAUGAAUCAAAAGGUCAUAAUAUUUCUAAAGUAAAUCUAUUGUGAUUAACACAAAAAUGUAAAAAAGUAGCACUUUAGAUACAAGACGGUCCAAUUACGCGGGGCAUUGUCUUCCAGUAUUUAUACAGGUCUGUGUACUUGAUAUUUGUAUCCUGAUGGCACUAUCCUGACUCUACAUAUCUCCCAUGACUACUAUGGGACACUCAGCUGAACCUCCUAAAACACACCUGCUACAAAAUUACUGUAACUGUUGACCAUGGAUCUGUGAAGUCUCUGUGAAUAAAGAAAGUUUUUUUGUGAA